UUAGCAAUUUAAAUUUACUAAAAUAAUUUCAUUUCCAUGUGGUGUGUACUGUGGGAGACCAGAUAUAGUGAAUGCAGGGUCUGGGGAGACCAGAUAUAGUGAAUGCAGGGUCCAGGAAGAGCAGUUAUAGUGAAUGCAGGGUUCGGGGAGACCAGAUAUAGUGAAUGCAGGGGUCCGGGGAGACCAGAUAUAGUGAAUGCAGGGUCCGGGGAGACCAGAUAUAGUGAAUGCAGGGUCUGGGAAGAACCAGAUAUAGUGAAUACCGGGUCUGGGGAGACCGGAUAUAGUGAAUGCAGGGUCCGGGGAGACCGGAUAUAGUGAAUGCAGGGUCCGGAGAGAGCGAAUAUAGUGAAUGUGGGGCCCGGGGAGACCGGAUAUAGUGAAUGCAGGGGUCCGGGGAGACCAGAUAUAGUGAAUGCAGGGUCCAGGGAGACCAGAUAUAGUGAAUGCAGGGUCCGGGGAGA